AUGGAAAAAAUCGAUAUUGAAUUUUUGAGUAAUUUGUUCGAAAUGAAUAACAUUAUGGAGGGAAAGAGCAUAAAAAAAUUAAUUGAAAUAGGAGGGGAUCAGGGUUUGUUAACAGCAUUUUAAUCUAAUGUUAAUGUAUUAAUAUUUGAUUUAUAACAGAAUGGAGUUGAUUCAAAUGAAAAUGUUUUAAGACUUAGAUAAUUGUAUGGAGAAAAUUUACCUGUUGAAAGAGAAUUAUCUUCUAUAUUUUCUAUGAUUAUAGAGUGUUUUGGAGACACCAUGUUAUAAAUAUUAUUAAUAGCUGCAUUAGUCUCAACUGGGAUUGGUAUCUAUAAAGAAGGUAUUGAGACUGGGUGGAGUGAAGGAGCAACAAUAUUCUUUGCAGUAUUUUUAAUAGUUUCAAUUACUGUUGGAAAUAAUUAUGUUAAAGAAAGAUAAUUUCAAAAAUUAUACCAUAAAUUAGAUGAAUCAAAGUAAUAAGUAAUUAGAAAUUCAAAAGUAUAAUAAAUUGAUAGCAAAGAAUUAGUUGUUGGAGAUAUUCUUUUUUUUAAUAUUGGUGAUUUAUUAUAGGUAGAUGGAUUAAUGGUAUCUGGAUCAGAAGUGAAAAUGGAUGAAUCAACAGUUACAGGAGAAUCAGAUUCUAUACGUAAAUUACCAUAUAAUGAAAUAACUGAAUAUUUAAUGAUGAAAUCUAGUUAAUCUUAAUAAAUGAAAAAUAGUAAUUAAUUAAAGAAAUAGUUAAAAAAUGCAUCUCCAUUUAUGAUUUCUGGAACCAAAGUAAUGGAUGGCACAGGAACUAUGUUAGUAUUAACAGUUGGAUAAAAUACAUGUGCUGGAAAAACAAAAUUAUUAUUAGACUAAGAAACUCCUCCAACUCCAUUAUAAUAAAAAUUGGAAGGAUUAGCAGAAGAUAUUGGUAAAUUUGGUACAUUUGUUGCUAUUAUUACAUUUUUUGCAUUGUCAAUACAUUAAUUAAUUUUGGGAUUUAUGGGUUAUAAUAAAAUUUUGAGUGUAGAAACAUUACAAUUUGUUAUAUAAUCAUUCAUGAUAGGAGUGACUAUUAUUGUAGUUGCAGUACCAGAAGGAUUGCCAUUAGCAGUUACUAUAGCAUUAGCAUAUUCUGUAAAUAAAAUGAAGGAUGAAAAUAACUUAGUUAAAAAUUUAGCAUCAUGUGAAACUAUGGGUGGAGCUAAUACUAUUUGUAGUGAUAAAACAGGAACAUUAACAUAAAAUAAAAUGACUGUCACUGGAUUAUGGAUUGAAAAUGAUAUUUUUAUGAAUUAAGCUAUUUAUGAUAAAAAGGAUGCUUAAAUACCAAAAUAAAUGUAAGAAUUACUAGCUGAAAGUGUAACAUUUAAUUCAACUGCUUAUCCUACUAAAACAGAUACAGGAAACUUUAUAUAGACUGGAAAUAAGACUGAAUGUGCAUUACUUGAAUUAACAGAUAAAUUUGGAUAUAGUAUAUCUUUAUACAGACCUACUGAUAAAAUUGUUAAAGUCUUACCUUUCAGUAGUAGAAGAAAGAAGAUGGCUACUGUUAUUUAUUAUAAAGGAUUUUUAAGAGUAUUUGUUAAAGGAGCAUCAGAAAUCAUUUUGAAUCAAUCAACUAAAUUAAUUGCAAAAGGAUAAGAACAUUUUUUAGAUGAAAAUAAAAAAAAAUAAAUUAAAUAAGAUGUUAUUGAUAGAUUUGCUUCAAGAUCUUUGAGAACUAUUGCAAUAGCAUAUAAGGAUACAAAUUAUAAAGGAACCCAACAUUAAUUAAAAGAAUUAGCAUUUAAUUUAACUGAAGAGGAGUUGGAAAAAGAUUUAGUUUUAAUUGCAAUAGCUGGAAUUAAAGAUCCAAUAAGAAAAGAUGUUCCUAAUUCAAUAAAAGCAUGUAACAAAGCUGGAAUAUAAGUCAGAAUGCUUACAGGAGAUAAUACUUUAACAGCUAUUGCAAUUGCUAAGGAGAGUGGAAUAUUAUCAUCAGCACAACCUAAGGAAUAUGAAUGCAUGGAAGGAAAGGAUUUUAGAGAAAGUAUUGGAGGACUUGUGACAUCUUAAGUAGAUGGUAAAAAAGUAUUAAGAAUUGCUAAUUAAGAAAUAUUUAAUAAAAUUAGCAAAUAGUUAAAAGUAUUAGCCAGAGCUACUCCUGAAGAUAAAUUUAUGUUAGUUACUGGUCUUAUUGAUCAAGGAAAUAUUGUAGCUGUAACAGGAGAUGGUACUAAUGAUGCUCCAGCAUUAAAAAAAGCAGAUGUAGGAUUUGCAAUGGGUGAAUCUGGUUCUGAUGUUGCUAAAGAUGCAGCUGAUAUUAUAUUAGUAGAUGAUAAUUUUAGUAGUAUUAUAACAGGUAAAAAUUAUUCUUAUUAUUAUUAGCAAUUAAAUGGGGUAGAAAUAUUUAUGAUUGUAUUAGAAAAUUUAUCUAAUUUUAAUUGACUGUUAAUAUUGUAGCAUUAUUUAUGGCUUUUUUAGGAGCUGUCAUUCUAAAUUAAUCUCCUCUUAAUACUAUUUAAAUGUUAUGGGUUAAUUUAAUUAUGGAUACUUUUGCUUCUUUAGCAUUGGCAACAGAACCACCUAGUGCUGCACUUUUGGAUAGAUAACCAUAUAAAAGAACCUAACCAAUUGUUUCAGCAUAUAUGUAUAGAACAAUAUGCUGUCAAAGUCUCUAUUAAUUGGCUGUUCUUAAUUGUAUUUUAUUUCUUUAUCCUUCUGAUGAGGUAUUUAAUUAAUUAUUAUAAAUUAGUUGACUAAACUCAGUAUCUUUUUUUAAACUUUUGUAAUUAUGUAAGUUUUCAAUUCAAUAACUUGUAGACAGUUAGAUUAUCAAUCACUUAAUCCAUUUAAUAAUUUAUUCAAUAAUGGAAUGUUUUGGUUAAUAUAAUUAUUAACAGUAGCAAUUUAAUUUGCAUUGUUAGAAUUUGCUGCAAGUUAUGUUAAAGUGAGAUAAUUAACACUAAUUGAACAUUUGAUAUGUACAGGAUUUGGUGUUUUUGGAAUACUAGCUGGAAUAAUAUUUAAAUUAAUACCUGAAGGUUGUUGGAGGAAGGUACAUCUAUUUAAAGAGACAGAAAUAGCAGAGGAAAAUAUGGAUGCUACAUUAACAAGUUAAUUGAGAAGAAAAUCUUCAUAAAGAUUGCAUUCAAAAGUAAUGAUCAAUGUAAAAAGUGGAGAACAUAAAUGA